AUAAGGCUACGAGCCAGCUCCUGCUGGAGACGGACUGGGAGUCCAUCCUGCAGAUCUGCGACAUGAUCCGGCAGGGAGAUACGCAAGCAAAAUAUGCCGUCAACGCUAUCAAGAAGAAAGUCAACGACAAGAAUCCCCACGUGGCACUCUACGCACUGGAGGUCAUGGAGUCAGUGGUCAAAAACUGUGGCCAAACAGUCCAUGACGAGGUGGCCAAUAAACAGACCAUGGAAGAACUGAAGGAAAUACUCAAGAGGCAAGUGGAGACAAGCGUCCGCAGUAAGAUCCUGUACCUUAUCCAGGCCUGGGCUCACGCCUUCCGCAAUGAGCCCAAGUACAAGGUGGUGCAGGACACCUAUCAGAUAAUGAAGGUUGAAGGUCACGUGUUCCCCGAGUUCAAAGAGAGCGAUGCCAUGUUCGCUGCAGAAAGGGCUCCAGACUGGGUCGAUGCUGAGGAGUGUCACAGAUGUCGCGUGCAGUUCGGUGUUGUGACGAGGAAGCAUCACUGUAGGGCCUGCGGGCAGAUCUUCUGUGGCAAGUGCUCCUCCAAGUAUUCCACCAUCCCCAAGUUUGGGAUUGAGAAGGAAGUGAGAGUCUGCGAGCCCUGUUACGAGCAUCUCAACAAGAAAGCGGAGGGUAAAGCUGCUGCCACCUCCGAGCUGCCCCCUGAGUACCUGACCAGCCCCCUCUCCCAGCAGUCCCAGCUGCCUCCAAAGCGCGACGAGACAGCUCUGCAAGAGGAGGAAGAGCUCCAGCUAGCUAUUGCCUUGUCUCAGUCAGAGGCUGAGGAGAAGGAGAGAAUGAGGCAGAAGACAAGCUACUCCAUGUACCCGAAGGCUGAGCCCACACCCGUCACCUCGUCAGCUCCCCCGGUCAGCACGCUCUAUUCCCCACCCGUGAAUUCCUCUGCUCCCUUGGCUGAGGACAUUGACCCCGAGCUGGCUCGGUACCUGAACCGCAACUACUGGGAGAAGAAGCAAGAGGAAGUUCGCAAGAGCCCCACGCCGUCAGCACCUCUGUCCCUCACAGAGCCAGCUGCUCAGCCCGGGGAAGCCCACGCCGCCCCGCUCGGCGUUGUUGAGCAGCAGUACCAGAACGGCGAGUCUGAGGAGAACCACGAGCAGUUCCUGAAGGCGCUGCAGAACGCGGUCACCACGUUUGUCAACCGCAUGAAGAGCAACCACAUGCGGGGCCGCAGCAUCACCAACGACUCUGCUGUGUUGUCCCUCUUCCAGUCCAUCAACAACAUGCACCCUCAGCUGCUGGAGCUGCUCAACCAGCUGGACGAGCGCAGGCGUACGUGGGGGCUGCCCGGCCGGGACGGGCAUCCCGGGGGGAGCAGGGAAGCGCUUCCCGGCUGUCCGGGGCCCCAUCAGCCAGCAGGCCUGCCUGCACCUCGGGCCCUGGCAGGAGGGGAUGCUGCGGUGUCCCGGCUUGUAGCCGUCACGGCCCUGUUCCCACAGGAGUACCUGGAGAUGCAGCGUCAGUUGGCCAUCCAGCGACUGCAGGAGCAGGAGAAGGAGAGGCAGAUGCGCCUGGAGCAGCAGAAGCAGACGAUCCAGAUGAGAGCUCAGAUGCCGGCCUUCUCCCUGCCUUAUGCCCAACUCCAGGCCAUGCCCGCGGCCAGUGGGGUGAUCUACCAGCCCUCCGGGCCUGCCAGCUUCCCUGGCACCUUCAGCCCGGCCGGCUCUGUGGAGGGCUCUCCCAUGCACAGCGUGUACAUGAACCAGGCCGCGCAGGGGGGCACGGGGCCAUACACCACAAUGCCCGUCACGGGGACAGAUCCCAGCAUGGUGACCGCCUACAUGUACCAGCCGGGGGCGAAGAAGCUGGUGGAGUCCCUUCCGCAGGAGAUCAAGGCGAACGCCUCCAAGGAGGAAGCAGAGAAGAUGAAGGCGGCGCUGGAGGCAGCAGGAGGGACUGUGGUUCUGGAGUAG